CCAUCUUCUCUCUUUCAUAAAACAAUGGCGUCUAUGGCUGCAACCACCAAUUUAACCAAAUUGUUGCUCUUUCCUUCCUCCCAUGUUUUAGGAAAUGUGAGCUUGAAAUCGCAGAGAGGUAGUAGUAGUACUAAGAAAUGGCCGAAUCAGAACAAGUCAAGAAAUGGUUACAGGUCUCUCCGUGUGGAUGGACUAUUCGGAGGUGGAAACAAAUAUAAUAACAGUGAAGAUGGACAAUCUAAGGCAGGGAUAUUUGGGAAUAUGCAGAAUAUGUAUGAGACUAUGAAGAAAGCUCAAAUUGUUGUUCAAGUGGAAGCUGUGCGUGUCCAAAAGACUGAAUUUGAUAGUUAUUGUGAAGGCGAGCUUGUCAAGGUUACAUUAUUAGAUAACCAUCAACUAAUCUGUACUGAUAUAUCCGAGGCAGCAAUGGAAUUAGGUUCCGAAAAAUUUUCACAACUGCUUGUUACAAAAGCAUACAAGGACGCACAUGUCAAGAGUGUUGUGAUUUCUACCAUUGGAGAUAAUUAA